GCUAUUCUUGGGGAGCUGGCAACUUGGCAUACAAUGCAUUUCAUUAUUCUUUGUUUGUUUAUUUAUUAAACAAAAAGAAAACAGAUUUGUUUUUGUUUUUUAAAAACAGAAACACAAAAAACACCCACCCACAACAACAACCACCAUCACCACCACAACAACAAUGUUAACAAGAGACUGAAAACAAAACCAAAUUCCCCACAUACCAAUCCAAACCACUCUCUCGAUCGAAAUCUCAAAUCGCCGAUAAGGUUUCCUGCAUUGGAAUUUGGGGCUGAGAAUAUAGUGAUCGUGAGAUACAAGAAAGGGAGAAUUGUUGAGGUCCUGAGCAAGAAUGAGGUGCCAUCAGGGUCAUGGCGUUGUGCUGAGAUAAUCUGUGGUAAUGGGCACAACUACACUGUUAGAUACGAGAUGGACCCUGGUGCUACCGAUGAGGCGAUUGUUGAAAGGGUAUCUAGGAAGUCAAUUAGGCCCUGUCCUCCUCCGGUGAAACUAUCGGAGAAUUGUGUUCCUGGUGAUGUUGUAGAGGUGUUUCAGAAUUUUUCUUGGAAGAUGACAACUGUUUCUAAGGUUUUGGGUAGGAAUUGCUUUUUGGUUAGGUUACUUGGAUCCUCCCAUGAAUUCGAAGUCAGUAAAGUUGACCUCCGGGUGCGACAAUCUUGGCAGGGUGGCAAAUGGUUCGUGAUUGGAAAGGGUGUUGGUAACUGUGAAGAUGGGAAAUGUAGUGAAUGGUCAACUCUGAAACACAAUCAGUUGAGUUCCCAAGUUAAGAAAACAAAAAGAGGGAUGGAUUUCCCUGUAAAUAAGGAGCUUUGUGCUGCUAAGAGCAAUAACAAUUUCCAAGAAUCACAUAUUGUUUCCUCUAGAACUCUGAAGAGAGGAUUGCCCGAUUGUUAUUCUCAAGUUGAUGCACCUGCAAGAACUUCCCAGAAGUUUAAAGUAAUUGCGAAAGAGGGUAGGUGUCAUUGUCUGCUUGCUGCAAAUCCAUCCCCUUUACCUGAAAAGAUAGAUGCUGCUGCUUCCCAUCAAGAAAUGCAGGGUGAAAAAAACUUUUAUACUUAUUUUAACAACAGAACAACUCACUUUACUGAAGUUGAUGUGGAGAGGGAGAAACCAAGUGGAGCUGUUGGGUGUUCGCAUGCAAUUAGCUUAGAACCUAAUGAUGCAGACAAUAUUACAUGCUCUGUGGCUAGUUGUAGCAUUACUAGCAAUGAUUCCUUUAAGUUGUGUUGUAAUUUUGCUAGAGGUCCUGUUGAAGAUACUGAAGGAAAUUGUAGUGAUGCUGAGUCUGUUUGUUAUAGGGGCUUUAAGGAACGGAAUUGUUUCCUUCCCAGUCAGGUGGAAUUGGCAGAAGAAAUUCAUAGGUUAGAGUUACAUGCUUACCGUUGCACUAUUGAAGCAUUGCAUGCAUUGGGACCCUUAAGUUGGGAACAGGAAACAUUGGUGACAAAUCUUCGCCUUUCGCUCCAUAUAUCAAAUGAUGAACAUCUGAUGGAGCUAAGGAACCUAGUUUCUACUGCUACCAGCAUGCCUCUUAGUUGACAGGGAAAAAAGAAAUCCCUUCCCCCUCAGUUUAUUCUCUCCCUCUUCUGUUCAUUUUCUAUGAGUAGAAUUUGUUUUACCCUAGGUAUAGUGAUUGUAGUUCGUUGUAAGAAACGGAUAAAUUUUGUUUUGUUUUUCUUUUUGAUUCUAUUUUGGUUAUAUAAUUCUGUAAUGGUCUUGAUGAAAUGUUUGUACCACAAACUUCUAUAAUGCAAUGGACAUUUCUGAACUCACCUUGUGUAUCUUAUGUCGAUUGGGCCGUUUACUGUUUUGACAUUUAUUAGUAAAAAGUUGGAUAUCCUCUUGGUUAAUUCCUACUAUAUUUGAAUGCUUAGUGCAUUAAAAUUUGCAAAUGAUGAUUAGAUGUAUAGUUAAUAGAUUUCA